AUGUCUACUUUGUUUAGGAGAAGAAAAGAGAAUGAAUCGAUCUUGUUCAUUCAUGGGAUAUACAACAGAGAAGAUGAAGAAAAAUUCAAUAAAAAGGACAAACCAGGACAUGCAGAAGCAUCUGAAAAAGAAUCCGGACAAGCACGCGCAGAAGCACCCGAACAGAACUGCAUCACUUCAUGUGAAAAUAAUGGAACAAUUUAUGAAAGACUGUGUUUAGGAAUUCGCUACUUCGAAAUGAUUAUUCUCCAAAAAGACGAAGCGAGGAAAGAGAAGAAACAAGAGUUACUCUGCUUAUGUGGAGAUAAUUGCUUGUAUAAAAUUACCGACAUAUUGGAAGAAAUAAGUGUUUUUUUUUUGAAGAAUAAAAAGGAAAAGGUAUUCCUCUCAUUCAUGCAAUACGAGACAAAUGCUGAAAAUGGAUAUGGCAACACAGACCAACACAGAGUUGAAGAACUCAUAGAUGUGUAUAUGUACCUAUACCUACGAAAGAAGUUGAAACAGCAUAGAGGAGACUCCAAUUAUCAAAUUCUCUAUUUUUAUAAUGAACGAGAGAGAAUUAUUAAUUUGGAACAGUACAACUUUGAUAUUGAUCAUUUUGAAAUUAGAAAUUGGAUUUUUAACAAUAUGGCUUUCAUGUUUCCAUCUAAGAAGGUACACAUGGGAGAAGAGAAUCCAGACAUAUGUAAUAGUAACUUGCACUAUUUGAAGAAACAUUGGAACGUUACCUCAGAAGAAGAGAAGGAAAAUAUUCAUAUCCCAUGUGAUAAUGAAACCAUAAAAAAAAAAAAAAAAAAAAGGGAUGAAAACUUAUUACACCUUUCUCAACAACACAACAUAUCUCUAUUUCGAUUAAAUUCAAUGAGAGAUAACGAAAAUUUGAAUUUAUCUUCAAAAAUUACUAUAAUUAGAAGACUCCCAAAUAUUCUACUAGACAAGAACCACAGUGGUGAAAUCCCCCUUUGCAAAGCAGGAAAUUCAAAAUCGAUCCCUGUUAACACAAUUGCACAUAUUAGUGAAGAUGGGUAUAGCAGAAAUAACACUGUAAGACAUUACAUGAAGUGCAAAAAUGAUAAUUGCAAGAAUGUCACAGUUCAUUGGAUGGAUGCCUAUGAUGUUAAUUUAAAUUCGAGAAAAAAAUUUAUAGGUUCAAAUAAUUUGUCCCUAACCGAAUAUGUAAUAGAUGUACCAAAACAAGGCAAAAUUCAGAACUCUCCAUUUGUGUUCUCCAAAAAUAAGUUGGUGUAUUUACACGAUUGGAAAAAGUUAUAUAAAAACGAAUAUAAAAAGAAAUAUUAUAAGUACGCGAAGGAUUCUAAGUAUUAUGUCGUAAAAGUACAAAACGGAGAAGAAACGGAAGAAUUAAACAAACAAUCGAUGCACACUUUCCUGAUGCACUUUUUAGCUAGCGAAGAUGUAAAAAUGGGUUCUACGUGGAUAUGUAUCCUCACGCCAAAUUGUACCAUUCGGGAUGUUUUCAACACUGUGAAAUUUAAUUUUCAUCCCCCAGGGGUGCAGUGA